ACAACCCAAUUUGUCAGCCGUUCAUAAUCGCAGCUGCCAGUAUAGUAGUGUUACCUUUCCAUCACAAUCCUUCUCAGCAGAUUCCUCUUUUUUCUCAAGCCAAGAAUCUUUCUCCCUCACAAGAUUCUCUCUCAUUAAAAUUUGGCUUUUAUUUAUGAUGCCAUUGUUCCAUUUCUCUUCUCUCCACAUUCUUCUCUUUCUUUCCCACUUUGUCCUUUUCAUUUUUAGCCCACCCUUUGAAAAAUCUUGGAAAAAAAUCUGAUAAAAUCUUCUUCUUCUUCUUCUAUACAUAAAAUUUUAUCACCCCUUCUUCUUGAUAUGUCUUCUUCAAGUAUUAACCAUAUAUCUCAGCCUUGCAUAUAUGGUGACUUAAUUUCUUCAACUGCUGAGAGAAAGUCAAGGUUUAUGAAAUGGCUGAGUAAACUUUUCAAAGGUGGAGGGUCAGGUAAUAGGGGAAUGCCAGGUGGACACCAACCACAGUUUCUUGGAGAGGAAAAUAAGGUUUGGCGUGCUCCAGCAAGAUCAAUGGAUGAUAACUCUAGGACCAGUAAGGAGAAAGAGGAACUAGAUCGUGCAGUUGCACUCUCUCUUGCUGAAGAUUUGAAGAGACCAAAAGGAUAUAAAUGGAGGACUGAUCAAGAUGAAGAUCUAGCAAGAUCACUUCAAGAUAACUCUAAUUCAUCCUCAUAUCCUCCAUAUCUUCCUCCUUAUGCUCCUUCAUAUGCUCCUUGGGAAUAUAAUCCCGAUAGUUAUAGAAAAUGUAGUGGCUGCUAUAGGGAUAUUGUCUCUGGAAAUUAUUUGGGAUGUAUGGGAACUUUCUUUCAUCCAGAAUGUUUUCUUUGUCGCGCUUGUGGUGUUCCGAUUACUGAAUACGAGUUUUCGUUGUCAGGGAAUAAUACAUAUCAUAAGACAUGUUUCAAGGAAAUGACUCAUCCCAAAUGUGAAGUUUGCCAUCAAUUUAUACCAACAAACGGAGCUGGCUUGAUCGAGUACAGAUGCCAUCCAUUUUGGUCUCAGAAAUAUUGCCCUUCACAUGAGAACGAUACCACCAAAAGGUGCUGUAGUUGUGAACGUCUAGAGUCGCGGAAUGCAAGAUAUAUGUCUCUUGGAGAUGGUCGGAGCUUAUGCUUAGAGUGCAUGGAAUCUGCAAUUAUGGAUACCGGCGACUGCCAACCACUUUACCAUUCCAUUAGAGAUUAUUAUGAAGGCAUGAAUAUGAAAAUAGAUCAGCAAGUUCCUAUGCUGCUUGUCGAAAGACAAGCCCUUAACGACGCCAUUGAAGGGGAAAAGCAUGGUAUCCAUCAUAUGCCCGAGACGAGAGGUCUAUGCCUAUCAGAAGAGCAGACAGUUACUAGUAUACUCAGAAGGCCAAGAAUGGGUGGUCGUGGACUAGUAGGAAUCAGAACACAUCCUCAGAAACUAAUUAGAAGAUGUGAAGUUACAGCUAUUCUAGUAAUAUACGGCCUCCCAAGAUUACUUACUGGUGCCAUUCUUGCUCAUGAACUGAUGCACGCCUGGUUACGCUUAAAAGGAUACCGUGGUCUCAGCCCUGAGGUAGAGGAAGGAAUCUGCCAAGUGCUUUCACACAUGUGGCUUGAAUCAGAGGUAAUGCCUGCAUCCAGAAAUAUGCCAUCUACGUCAACUUCUUCAUCCUCGUCUACAUGGUCAUCGUCCAAGAAAGGCGGAAAAUCACAAGCAGAGAAUAAGUUGGGUGAAUUUUUCAUGCACCAGAUAGCACAUGAUGCUUCUCCAGCAUAUGGUGGAGGAUUUAGAUCUGCUUAUGCAUCUGUCAAUAAGUAUGGUUUGCGAAGCACGUUAGAUCACAUUCGCCUCACAGGAAGUUUUCCUUUAUGAAUCAUCGUGUGUUCGAACAUGAUUUCCAGAGAUCAUUGAAAGUUUAACCAUGAGGAAAUGAGUUGAUAAUGCCAAGCUGGUUUAGCUACCCCUAUUUUUUCUGGGGUCUUACCGGGGUAUACUGAUAGAAUACAACUUGAAUCCUACAAAUAAUAUUUUACACAUUUUGCAAUUAAAAUGAGAUAUAGAAAUUCUGUCUUGUAUUGGAAACUCUUGUAUUUUAAAGGCAAUAAAGAUCAGAGAUUUUGAGUGAUCC